UUUUUUUUCUUCUUCUUCUUUGACCAGUUGUUUCUUCUUUAUACAAUAAUGGCAACCAAAGUAGAUCGAUCGUUUUAUAAAAAAUCAAGAGGCAAUGGUAUUGUCAAACUUGUUCGUGAACAAUAUCUUCGUUCCGAUAUACCUUGCCUUAUAGGCACCUGUAAAGUCUGUCAUAACAACCAAAUUCAAUUAUUAGAUCCUUCGGCUUCUCAUUAUAUCAUUCCUGACAUAUCGGUGAUUAUACGAUAUCAAGAAAUCCUUGAACAAGACGAAAUCACUGGUAUCAUUCUUGGUCAAACUAUAGUGACAGCAUUAGAACAACAUGACAAAACAAAAAUAUAUCGAAAAUUACGACAAAUCAUCAAUGAUCGACGAAGAAAAAGUGUUUUAUUUUAUAAUGAAAUCUUUACUUGUACUAAGGUGACCCGAUUACCAGGUGAAGCAUCAGCACAUCAUGAUUGGCGCAGUUUGUGUACCAUGGCGCAAUGGUAUCAAAAACAUCUACAACAAAAUGACAUGACCAAUAAGAAGAUUAUUCUAUUAUCUGAAGUAUUUAAUCAACAGGAUAUUUGGAUGAACGAUAUUCAAGUGUACACUAUUCAGCAAUACUUGGCUACCUAUUUCCCAGAUCAUUGUUUACUACAAUCUUUGUCUCGUGUUCUAUCAGAAGUGAUAUUGGAAGAAGAGAUGAAUCGGAUUCAUAUGACAACAACCAUUGCUGGAAAGACUUCAUCUUCUUCAGUUUCUGUUGCCGGAUAUUCUGAGUACAAAUCUAUGGACGAAUUAGAAGUCGGCAUCAAAUCAGGCCGCUAUUUUACUGGCGUGAUCCAUUGUCAAUCUGAAAGUAGUCGAUAUCAAGCUUCUAUACGAAUCGGUGAUGGCAAGAUCAUUUUAGUGAUUGGAAAUGAUCAUAGGAAUCGUGCAGUACAUGGUGAUGUGGUGGUAGUGGAACUAUUAUCGGAAACAAAUUGGGCUACUCCAUCCAAUGAAAUUACCUUUGGCAAUGAUGAUGAUAAUAACAAUGAACCAGGCUUUUCUUUUUCCAAUGUAGAAAACAGUAAUAAUAUUAUAUCAACGAAUUCCUCUACGCAACCUACCGGCCGAGUUGUAGGCAUUUUAAACCGAAAUUGGCGAUCUUAUGUUGCUACCAUUCAACAGGAAGAUAAUGCGACUGGUGGCUCUUUUCAUUUGGCUAUUCCUUUGGAUUCAUCUAUUCCCAAAAUUCGUAUUCGUUAUCAAGAUGUCAAAAUGAUUGAAAACCAGCGUAUUGUUGUUAGGAUUGAUAACUGGCCCGUCUCAUCACAAUAUCCUAAUGGUCAUUACGUUCGAUCUUUAGGUCCGAUUCAUCAAUUAGAUUCUGAAAUAUCGGCUAUUCUUGUAGAACAUGGUAUUUCAGUCUCACAAGCCAGCCAAGAUUUUAGUGAAGCUUCUUUGAAAGAAAUGCCUUUGGAUACAGUAGUUCAGCCAUGGAAACCAUCAUCAGAUCAAUUGAAACAACGGAAAGAUUUACGAUCAUUGACUUUAUUCAGUAUUGAUCCACCCAAUUGUCAAGAUAUCGAUGAUGCAUUGUCUAUCCGUGAAUUGAGCAAUGGUCAAGUAGAAUUAGGUGUACAUAUUGCUGAUGUCAGUUAUUUUGUCAAGGAAAACUCUCUGACUGAUCUUGAAGCAAGAGCAAGAGCAACCACGGUAUAUCUUGCUGAUCGUCGAUUUGAUAUGCUACCUUCAGUUCUAAGCGAACGAGUAUGUUCUCUUCGACAUAACGUUGAUCGUUAUGCUGUAUCUGUCUUGUGGACCUUGGAUAGCUCAUAUAAUGUAAAAAGUACAUGGUUUGGUAGAACUGUCAUUCGAUCAAGUUGUGAAAUGGAAUACGAACAAGCUCAACAAUUUUUGGAUGGUGAAUCAAUAGCUACUGGUAUAGAUCCUUCUCUUUGUCACAAACUGCGUCCUUGUGUGAUCAAACUUGCAGAGGUUUUACGAGUGAUCAAGGAACGACGAUUACAAAAAGGUGCUUUGGAAUUGGAAAGUACAGAAGUCAAAUUCAAAAUGGCCGACAAUGAACAAAUCACGGAUGUUAUACCCAAGGACACAAUGGAAAUCCAUGGCUUAGUAGCUGAAGCUAUGAUUUUUGCCAAUGCUGCUGUAGGUCAACGCAUUUAUGAAGGAUUCAAGCAUACUGCUUUACUACGUCGUCAUCCUGCACCCACAAAGCAUCAAUUCCGGUCUUUGAUUCAAGCUGCUGAAAGUCGAGGAUUUUCUAUUGAUUUCACCUCAAAUAGAGCUUUAGCACUUUCCUUGGAUCAUAUUGUCAAGAACAGUCCGAAUGAUCCUGAAAUGGUUCGCUUGAUGAAGACAAUGGCUACUUAUGCAAUGAAUGAAGCUGGAUAUAUUUCAUCUGGACAUUAUUCUGUAGAUCAAUAUUUCCAUUAUGGUCUUGCCUUGGACUUUUAUACACAUUUUACGUCACCUAUUCGACGAUAUGCAGAUGUGGUAGCCCAUCGACAGUUAUUGACAUGUGUCGAAGAUCCAACCGCUAUGGAACAGAAUGAUGAAUUGACCGGAGGUCCUUCAUAUAUCUUUCAAGACAGCAAAGUGGCCGAAAUUUGUGACAAUUUGAACUUGAAAUCCAGAGAAUCAAAACUAGCUCAAAGGGAUUCGACUGAACUAUUCCAAUCACUCUAUGUUCUCCAAAAGUCUGCCAACGAACCAUUGAUUGAAGAUGGAAUUAUAUCUGAAGUUCGAUCGAACGGUUUUUAUGUCUUUGUGCCAAGCCUAGGACUGAAAGGCCCUGUGUUCUUAAUGGAUAAGGAUGGACAAACUACGGUGCCAUUAUCACUUUUAUCAGGAAAGAAGGAACAAGAAAACGAGUACAUCCCUCAGUGUACACUUGAAGCGCAACCACCAACAGAAAUUACAGUACGUUCACCCGAUAUGGCCCAACCUAUUUGCUUCCGUCUUUUUGAUCGAGUCCGUGUGAUGUUAAAAUUACGUCAAUCGCAUGCUCAUCGACAUAUGAUUUAUAUGACCCUGGUGGAUCUUCAACGACAUGGCAACAACAAAGUAUUGAGUAAGAAUGAUAUGAUGGCCCAUAUUCAACAAGCUGAACAAGAAUUUGACAAGAAGGAGAUUGCCACCAAGGCUGAAACUGAAACAAGACGUCUGAUGAAGAAGAGCAAACAAAACAAGAAAUCUGUUUAUGCAGUAUUAGAACCUUUUAGAAAAUUAGCCAUUAUUGAACAACGUUCUUCUGAAUAAAAAAAAAAGAUAUAGUUUUUUUUCUUUAUUACAAAUAA